AUGUCCUUAUCGCCACUGUGUGUCAACAGAAAAGCCCUGUUGGGUUUCACAGUUUGUUACCUAAAUGGAAGCAGCUUCCAGUGCAGAUGUGAGGACCAGUACGUCUGGUCUUCUACGGACUGUGCUACAUACGGAGCCUGUGAUGAGAUCACUUAUGACACGUGCAGCUGUAUCAACAGUAUUCCAUCCAGUGGACAGUACUGCCAGCCAAAGACAGCUCCUCCAGUUGUUUAUACAUACCUCAUUUCUGUUGAGUUGAACAUCGCAGAUGUUGGAUUAAUAAAUCCACUGAGGACCAUUCUGAGCAACAUCAGUUACCCAAUCAGCAUCAACCACAUGCAAAUCUCUGAUGUCAUCAUUUCUACAGUUUGCUCUCCGAGCAGCAGUGGUUACCAGUGCAGAUGUGAGGAUCAGUUUCGUUGGUCAUGUGACCAGUGUUUCAUGUAUGGAUCCUGUGACAACAUCACCUCCGACACAUGUGGAUGCAUCAAUGCCAUCCCUGCUGAUGGACAGCAUUGUCAGCCUGUUGACCAAUACAACUUUACAUUUUGUCCAGUUACGACGACCACUCUAUCACAAACAACUUCUCCAGUUGUCUAUGAAUAUAUUAUUACAAUUGAGCUGAACACCACAGACGUUACAGUGAUAGACCGACUGAGAAACAUCAGUUACCCAGUCAGCAUCAGCAACAACACACAAGUCCCUGACAUGAACAUCUCCACAGUUUGCUCUCGGAGCAGCAGUGGUUACCAGUGCAGAUGUGAGGAUCAGUAUCGUUGGUCAUGUGACCAGUGUUUUGUGUAUGGAUCCUGUGACAACAUCACCUCCAACACAUGUGGAUGCAUCAAUGCCAUCCCUGCUGAUGGACAGCAUUGUCAGCCACUGACAGCUCCUGCUAAUGCAGAGGACUUUAAAUCAUUUAAAUCAGUGGGACAAAAUGAGACCAGUGUCACCCUGCAGUGGAAAAAAGUGGAAAACAUCCUCACAUAUGUACUUGUGUCCAGUGAAGGACUGGACACAAACGUCACUGCAGAAAUAGCAAAUGAACCAGUUACACACGUAACAUCAGGACUCACAAAUGGGACGACAUACAACUUCACCCUCUUCACUGUGUCUGAAAAAGUCAGAAGCAGUGGAGUGAGUAUCUCUGCAUUCACUGCUCCUCUUAAUGCAGUGGACUUUAAAUCAGUGGGACAAAAUGAGACCAGUGUCACCCUGCAGUGGAAAAAAGUGGAAAACAUCCUCACAUAUGUACUUGUGUCCAGUGACGGAGAAACAAACGUCACUGCAGAAAUCGGAAAUGAACCAGUUACACACGUGACCUCAGGACUCACAAAUGGGACAAAAUACAACUUCACUCUAUUCACCGUGUCUGAAAACAUCAGAAGCAGUGGAGUAAGCAUCUCUGCAUUCACUGCUCCUUCUAAUGCAGAAGACUUUAAAUCAGUGGGACAAAAUGAGACCAGUGUCACCCUGCAGUGGAAAAAAGUGGAAAACAUCCUCACGUAUGUUCUUGUGUCCAGUGACGGACUAGAAACAAACGUCACUGCAGAAAUAGCAAAUGAACCAGUUACACACGUAACCUCAGGACUCACAAAUGGGACAAGAUACAACUUCACUCUCUUCACCGUGUCUGAAAACGUCAGAAGCAGUGGAGUGAGCAUCUCUUCAUUCACUGCUCCUCCUAAUGCAGAGGAGUUUAAAUCAGUGGGACAAAAUGAGACCAGUGUCACCCUGCAGUGGAAAAAAGUGGAAAACAUCCUCACGUAUGUUCUUGUGUCCAGUGACGGACUAGAAACAAACGUCACUGCAGAAAUAGCAAAUGAACCAGUUACACACGUAACCUCAGGACUCACAAAUGGGACAAGAUACAACUUCACUCUCUUCACCGUGUCUGAAAACGUCAGAAGCAGUGGAGUGAGCAUCUCUUCAUUCACUGCUCCUCCUAAUGCAGAGGAGUUUAAAUCAGUGGGACAAAAUGAGACCAGUGUCACCCUGCAGUGGAAAAAAGUGGAAAACAUCCUCACAUAUGUUCUUGUGUCCAGUGACGGACUGGACACAAACGUCACUGCAGUAAUGGGAAAUGAACCAGUUAGACAUGUAACCUCAGGACUCACAAAUGGGACAAGAUACAACUUCACUCUCUUCACCGUGUCUGCAAACGUCAGAAGCAGUGGAGUGAGCAUCUCUGCA